AUGUUUCUUGUUUUUCGUGCAAGACUUCAAACACUUAAUUGUCGACUUAAUGAAGCAAUUCGAACAUAUGAACACGCAAUUCAUUGUCAAAGUGAUUGGAAAAAUCUUCAUCAUAUUGCCUACUGGGAAAUACUUUGGUGUCAUGUCCUUCAACGUCAAUGGAAAGAAGCAAUUAAUACGGCUCAAAUUCUUCUUACAGAAAAUAAUUGGAGUAAAGCAACAUCUUGUUAUCUUUUAGCAACAUUUCAAUUUGAAGAUAAUAAUGCUGUUGCAACAAAUGAAAUAAUUCUAUUAUAUAAACGUGUACCAGAAUUAAAAAUUCGUCUGGCAGGUAAAUCAAUUCCAUUGGAAAAAUAUGCAAUAAAACAAUGUGAACAUUUUCUUGUACAAAAAUGGCUUUUCUUACCAGCAUUGGAAUUAGUUUAUCUUAUGAACGGUUUUUAUAUACUUGCUCAUGAUCAUAACAAAUUACAAGAGACUCUUAAUAUUGUGAAUAAUGCAUUAAAAGAUCUGGAACUUAAUCAUCAAAAUGAUCAAUUCUAUGCUGAUAGUUAUGGUUCCGGUCUAUUACUUCGUGGUGUUCUUUUUCAUUUUCUUCAUCGAUAUGAUGAAGCUCAUCAAGAUUUUGAUGAAAUAAUUAAUAUGACAAAACAAUUUGAUGAAAAAUCUUUAUUACCACCGAAUGCAGUAUUCGAAAAAGCAAUGAUUUAUCUUGAUUUGAAACAAAAACAAAAAACGAAUGAAUAUUUACAAAAAUCAAUAAAUGAUUAUAAAGAUUAUCAACUUGAGUCUCGUCUUCAUUUUCGUAUAAAUGCAGCAAUGCAGACAGUGAAACAAAUGGAUAAUGAUUUAAAUAAAAAAACUAUUUUCAUAAAUAAAAAAAGAAUUGAUUAUUUAUUGACAUUACUUGAGAGUUUAAAUUUUGAUUUAAUCUAUUUGGCAUGGUUAUGGACAUUAUUUAAACCCUUAUGUCUUUUACUGUUAUCAUUAUUUCUUUUGCCAGCAGCUAUACUCUUAUUUGUAUACGGUUCCUCAUUAUUUUGUUUAAUCUAUAAACAUUGGAAUCGAUUAAAAGUAGGUGAGACUGCAUAUUCAGAUGAUCUGUGGUAUGGUGCAUUAAAAACAUUGGCUAUCUUAUGGGAAUUACAAGGAAAUAUAUGGCAUGGUUAUGAAGUCGAAGGAUUAGAACAUAUUCCUACAAAAGGACCAGUUCUUAUUGUUUUUUAUCAUGGAGCAUUACCAAUUGAUUUCUAUUAUUUAUUUGCUAAAGUUUGGCUUUAUCGUAAUCGACGUGUACGUGUUGUUGCAGAUAAAUUUGUAUUUAAAAUACCUGGUCUUGGUACUCUUCUUGAAGCAUUAGGAAGUCAACCAGCAACAUCAGGAAUAUGCAAAUCAAUGCUUGAAGAAGGUCAUGUACUUGCUAUUUCACCUGGUGGUGUUCGUGAAGCUCUUUUCAGUGAUCAUAAUUAUCGUCUAAUAUGGAAAGAAAGACGAGGCUUUGCAAAAGUUGCAAUUGAAUCUAAAGCUACAAUCAUUCCAAUGUUUACGAAAAAUUGUCGAGAAGCUGCAUGUGCUUUGACAGUCGGCCGUCGUGUUUUAAGAUAUAUUUAUGAAAAAACUCGAUUACCAAUUGUUCCAAUCUAUGGAAUAUUUCCAGUUAAACUUAUUACUUAUCUUGGAGAACCUAUUCCAUAUGAUCCUGAUGUAACAACAGAAAUUCUUGCUGUCCAAGUGAAAAAAGGAAUUGAAAAAUUAAUCGAAAUUCAUCAACGACGACCUGGUAGUAUAACGCAAGCUAUUCUCGAUCGAUUUAGCUGGUUUCCAAUGAAACGAAUGAAAACGAAGAUUGAAUAA